UGCUGCCGCCACUUGGAGCAUUGGGAGGGAGGGAGUAACGACAGAGCAGCCGCGGGGGGAGCUGUGUGCCCAGAAGCAGUAACAUAAACAGCAUCAGGAGUAGGGCCUCCUCUUGUAAAAAGCCGGAUACUGCAGGCUCCCGAAAAGGCAAGAUUCUCUGCUGUUUGACAGUCUCCCGAGUGGAGAAUGGCUACCGUAAAAAUGUUGCCAAGAAACUCUCCUGAUGCGGACGGUCAUAACUGUGUGUUAGUAAUAGUUCCUUCAGGAAAAUAAAUCAUACUUGCUGUCGAUUUUCCAAUCAGUAGACAAGUCCCUGAAGAGCAUCUCAAAUUACCCGGAAAAAAAAGAAAGAAAGAAAGAAAGAAAGAAAGAGAAACAGGGAAAACAAAGUUUUGGCAUGCUUGCAAGGACCCGUGGUGUUUUUUAGAAACUACCUAGGAGGGCAGAAGCUCAGUGUUGAUUUGCCCAUGCCUCUUACCUGGGAGUGCAAGGUGGGGAGAAAUGGACAGUGGCUCCGAUGAGCAGAAGCGUCACAGUGCAGCUCGGGGAAGCCACACGCUGACUGCGUUCGCGCCGCUCUUCAUGCAGUGCUGUGGGCUGGUGCAUCGGCGGCGAGUACGGGUGUCCUAUGGUUCGGCAGACUCCUACACCAGCCGUCCGUCCGACUCAGAUGUUUCUUUGGAGGAAGAUCGGGAGGCAGUGCGCAGAGAAGCAGAGCGGCAGGCCCAGGCACAGUUGGAAAAAGCAAAGACAAAGCCCGUUGCAUUUGCUGUUCGGACAAAUGUCAGCUACAGCGCAGCCCAUGAGGAUGACGUUCCGGUGCCAGGCAUGGCCAUCUCCUUCGAAGCAAAAGAUUUUCUGCAUGUUAAGGAAAAAUUUAACAAUGACUGGUGGAUAGGGCGACUGGUUAAAGAAGGCUGUGAAAUCGGAUUCAUUCCAAGCCCAGUCAAACUAGAAAAUAUGAGGCUGCAGCAUGAACAGAGAGCCAAGCAAGGGAAAUUCUACUCCAGUAAAUCAGGAGGAAAUUCAUCAUCCAGUUUGGGUGACAUAGUACCUAGUUCCAGAAAAUCUACACCUCCAUCAUCCGUUAUAAACAUAGACGCUACUGGCUUAGAUGCAGAAGAAAAUGACAUUCCAGCAAACCACCGCUCCCCUAAACCCAGUGCAAACAGUGUAACGUCACCCCACUCCAAAGAGAAAAGAAUGCCCUUCUUUAAGAAGACAGAGCACACUCCUCCUUAUGACGUGGUACCUUCCAUGCGGCCUGUGGUCUUGGUGGGCCCAUCUCUGAAGGGGUAUGAGGUCACAGAUAUGAUGCAAAAAGCAUUGUUUGAUUUUUUAAAACACAGAUUUGAAGGGCGGAUAUCCAUCACAAGGGUCACGGCCGACAUCUCGCUCGCCAAGCGCUCCGUGUUAAACAAUCCCAGCAAGCACGCGAUAAUAGAAAGAUCGAACACAAGGUCGAGCUUAGCGGAAGUUCAGAGUGAGAUCGAAAGGAUUUUUGAACUUGCAAGAACUCUGCAACUGGUGGUCCUUGACGCAGAUACUAUUAAUCAUCCAGCUCAACUCAGUAAAACCUCCUUGGCCCCCAUUAUCGUAUAUGUAAAGAUUUCCUCCCCUAAGGUUUUACAAAGGUUAAUAAAAUCUCGAGGGAAAUCGCAAGCUAAGCACCUCAACGUCCAGAUGGUGGCAGCGGACAAGCUGGCUCAGUGUCCUCCCGAGCUGUUUGACGUGAUCCUGGACGAGAACCAGCUGGAGGACGCUUGCGAGCACCUUGCCGACUAUCUGGAGGCCUACUGGAAGGCCACCCACCCCCCCAGCAGCCACCUCCCCAACCCUCUGCUCAACCGGACUUUAGCCACUUCAACUCUGCCUGCUAGCCCCACUCAAGCCUCUAAUGCACAGGGAUCUCAAGGAGAUCAGAGGACGGAGCGCUCUGCCCCUGCCCGCGCCGCCCCCCUGGCGGAGGAAGACCCCUGCCCGGAGCCCACCAGGAAGCCCCAGCACCGCUCUUCGGCCUCCGCCCAGCACCACGGCCACCGCGGGGCGACGAGCCGAGGCCUCUCCAGGCAGGAGACGUUUGACUCGGAGACCCAGGAGAGCCGAGACUCUGCCUACGUGGAGCCCAAGGAGGACUACCCCCACGAACCCGGGGACCACUGUGCCCCACACCGCGACCACAACCACAGAGACGCGCCCCACGGGAGCAGCGAGCACAGGCACAGGGAGGCGCGCCACCGUGCCAGGGACCUGGAUCGCGAGCAGGACCACGGCGAGUGCAACAGACAGCGCGGCCGGCAUAAAUCCAAGGACCGCUACUGCGACAAGGACGGGGAGGGCCCAGCCCGCAGACGGGACGCCGCCGCAGACUGCAACAGGGAUGUUUACGUCCGCCAGUGACUUCUGCCCUUUUGUGGGUUUUUCCUUCCCCCAAGUCUCGUAUGACACCGUCCUCAGACUAAAUCUUUGGGGUCUACGUCGCG